GCCAGCUGUCACGCCUGCCAACCGCGCUGCCACUGUAAUUAAUCUUGCUGUUUUUUUACCCUUUUCGGUGGACCCGGUGCCCAGAUGCUAGUGUGGUGGCGGCCAGUUACUCAUAGUGGAGUUGGCGCUGUAUCCUAGCGGACUUAGCACGGGGCGGCCAGAUUUUCCAGCGCGCCGCCUCCGUCUGUGACGCUGGAGCUUCACGUCAUGGGCAGUUUGCGUGCGGUCUUCGUCUUCUUUUUCUCUUCUCCUUGCAAAACUCCACCAGAUUCACAAUCGUGUCUCGUAUGCGCCGCAGUGCCAAAAGGGGCCUUUUUUUUUAGUUUCUUAUUUUGUGGUCCCCUACCGUGUCAUUGAUGGCCCACGGGUGGUAUCAUGCCUCGUAGGGCCUGUUUGUUUUCUAUUUAACUUGCAUCGACAUCCUCUCCCCCAGUCAAUUGGGACCCUGGAGAGCCAACACCAAAAUUAACAGAAGCAGAAAGCUACUGCUAUCACUACCUCCUUGAAAAUCAUCACAUUCUGUAUAUCCCCAUCCAACCAACGAAAACACGAAACUCCCCUCACAUCAGCACAUCACCACCUGGCCAUGGCGUCAGAAAAGUCCCUUCCAGCGGACAAGCCACCCGCUGUCUCUCUUGAUGGUGCUGCAGACACCACGGAACAGCCUGUUGCUCCAGAUGCAAAGGAAAAGGAUAACGAAGGUGGCUUUAAAGACUUCCUGCGAGUCUUUCUAUACAAUGACGCCCUGGGCUGGGUGCUAAAUGUCAUUGCCAUCUUGUGUAUGAUUGGCGCAGGCGUUGUUCUUCCGCUGAUGGACGUCGUCUUUGGCGAGUUCGUCAACGUCUUUACCGACUUUGCCAGAUCUGGAACCGAGAAUGCUGCGGAAGUGUACCGCUCGCAAAUCAACCACUUCACUCUAUACUUUGUCUAUCUUUUCAUCGGCAAGUUCGCUCUGGUAUACAUCUGGUCGGUGCUCAUCAACAUCACCGGAAUCCGCGCUGUCAAGCGCCUGCGCGUCGACUUUGUCCGCAGCACUCUGCGCCAGGACAUUCCCUUCUUCGACAACCCAACCACCUCCGUCUCGAGUCAGAUUACCACCAAUGGUAACCUCAUUAGCAACGGCAUCUCGGAAAAGUUUGGCAUCAUCAUCAUGUCCAUGUCCACCUUCUUCGCUGCCUUCAUUGUUGCCUUUGUCGUCCAGUGGAAGCUGACCCUCAUCAUUAUUGCCAUUGUCCCCGUCAACCUCGCCGUCACCAUUGUCUGCGUCAUCUACGACACAGUGUACGAAUAUGAAAUGUUUGAGAUUUACAGCAAGGCUGGAACCAUUGCCGAAGAGGCCUUCUCCAGCAUUCGCACUGCCCAUGCCUUCUGGGCUUUCCCCAAGCUAUCCUCGCGAUUCAACAACACCCUGGCCGAAGCUCGCCGUAUUGGUGACAAGAAGUCUCUCCUCUACGCUAUCCUAUUCCCCACCGAAUUCUUCUGCGUCUUUGCCGGCUACGGCUUGGCUUUCUGGCAAGGCAUGCGCAUGUACACUUCGGGCGAGAUCCCAAACCCAGGAACCGUUGUCACUGUCAUCUUCGCCAUCCUAGUCGCCGCUCAGUCUUUGACUGCCGUUACUCCCCAGUUCGUUGCCAUCUCCAAGGCCACUGCGGCUGCGCAAGACUUGUUUGCCGUCAUCGAUAGAAAGUCUGCAGUUGACUCGCUUUCCGACAAAGGACAGACUAUUGAAAACUUCACCGGCGAUAUCAAGCUCCGAAAUGUCAAGUUUGCCUACCCUUCUCGACCCGACGUCACCAUCUUGCAGGACUUUAGCAUCGACAUCCCGUCCGAAAAGACAACAGCGCUUGUGGGUGCCAGUGGUUCUGGAAAGAGUACGGUAUUUGGCAUGCUGGAGCGAUGGUACCCCAAAAUGGCUGGUUCUAUUACUCUCGAUGGCCACGAGCUGGAAUCUCUCAAUCUCCAGUGGCUUCGAACCAACAUCAGACUUGUCCAGCAGGAACCAACAUUGUUUAGCGGAACCAUUUAUCAGAAUGUUGCUGAUGGACUGGCCGGAACCGCCAUGGAUGAGCUUCCGGAAGACGAGAAGCGCAAUUUCGUGUAUGAGGCCUGCAAGUCUGCCUUUGCUCAUGAAUUCAUCCAAGAUUUGCCCAACGGUUACGACACACACAUUGGCGAACGCGGCGCAUCCCUCAGCGGUGGUCAGAAGCAGCGAAUCGUCAUUGCACGCAGCAUCAUCUCCAACCCCAAAGUCCUCCUCCUCGAUGAAGCCACCAGCGCACUCGAUCCUAAUGCCGAAAAAGUUGUCCAAAAGGCCCUCAACAACGUCGCCAAGGGCCGAACCAUGAUUGUCAUUGCCCACCGUCUGUCGACCAUUCGCGAUGCCGACAACAUCAUUGUUGUCAGCAAGGGCGAGGUUGCCGAGCAAGGCACACACUCGGAACUCGUUGCAUUGGACGGCAAAUAUGCCAAGCUGGUUUCUGCACAAGAUCUCGGUAAGAAGGGCGAGUCUGUUGAAAGCGAUACCGAGGGAGAAAAGAUCGGUCAUAACCUCGACGUCAUUGCUACGGAAGCUUCUGCCUCGCCCAGUGCCGCCGUCAUCAUUGCCGACGAAUCCACCAAUUACGGUCUCGUUCACGGUCUGGCCAAAAUCUUCAAAGAGCAGAGAAGUCUCUGGGUGCCUGCGUCCUGGACACUCCUUGGCUCCAUUGCCGGUGGUGUUACCUAUCCCGCGCUGGCCAUCCUAUUUGCCAAAACAAUGGAGGCGUUUGAGAAGCUGGAUGUCCCCAAGGUCAACUUCUUUGCUCUCAUGUUCUUCAUUGUCGCCAUUGGAAACCUGAUCGCGUACGCCGUCCUUGGCUGGCACUCCAACAACAUGGCUCAGACCGUCAUGCAGGUGUACCGUGGCGACACAUUCGACAACAUCUUGCGCCAGGACAUGACAUUCUUCGAUAAGCCAGGCAACGGCACCGGUGCUCUUGUUUCCCGACUCUCUUCAGAGCCCACCAGCAUCCAGGAGCUCCUCGCCAUGAACCUUGGCAUCAUCAUCAUCACCAUUGUCAACCUCUUUGCAAGUGUCGUCCUCGCCAUCGCUGUUGGAUGGAAGCUCGGUCUUGUUCUUAGUCUUGGCGGUCUCCCAUUGCUCGUGCUUUCUGGUUACGUCCGUAUUCGUCUUGAAUUCAGCUUUGAAGAGGACACCGCCGUGCGCUUCUCACAGAGCAGCUCUCUCGCGUCCGAGGCCGUCAUGGCAAUCCGCACCGUCUCCUCGCUCGCUCUGGAGCGAGUUAUCAUCCAGCGCUACUCUGACGCUCUGCAAGACAUUGCAACACACGCCAUUGGAAGUCUUGGCUGGAAGAUGUUCUUCUACUCGCUGAGUCAGUCUAUCUCCUUCCUCGUCAUGGGCUUGGGCUUCUGGUACGGUGGCCGCCUUGUCUCUUUUGGCGAGUACUCCACCGUGCAGUUCUACAUCGUCUUCGUCUCAAUCAUCUUCUCGGGAGAGGCUGCCGCGCUCUUCUUCCAGUUUACAACGAGUCUUACAAAGGCUCGUGCCGCCAUCAACUACAUCUUCUCUGUGCGCAAGACACACAUUCUUCUAGACCCUCCCGCCAAGCCAGACACCGAAGAGUCUGACGAGCCCACCAAGGGAGCCCACGUCUCAUGCGACGAGGUUACCUUCUCAUACGCCCAGCGACCCAACCUUAAGGUUCUCCGCGGCAUCGAUGUGGACAUUAAGCCCGGCAAGAUGGUUGCGUUUGUCGGCGCUUCUGGCUGCGGCAAGUCGACCAUGAUUGCUCUUUUGCAGCGCUUCUACGACCCAACCACUGGCCAGAUCCGCGUCGACGAUAAAGACGUGCAGGCAUACGACCGCUGCGAGUACCGCAGAGAAGUGGCCCUAGUGCAGCAAGAACCCGUCCUCUAUCAGGGCUCUAUCCGUGAAAACAUUGCUCUUGGAGUAGAGAACGGCGAGCCGUCCGAAGAGGACAUCAUUGACGCCUGCAAGCAGGCCAAUGUCUGGGACUUUGUUUCUUCACUGCCCGAGGGUCUCAACACUGCCUGUGGCAGCCAAGGUCUGUCGCUAUCCGGUGGCCAGCGCCAGCGUAUUGCCAUUGCUCGUGCCCUGAUCCGUAAGCCGCGCCUUUUGUUGCUUGACGAAGCGACCAGUGCUCUCGAUACAGAAUCAGAAAAGGUUGUCAAGGAGGCGCUGGAUCGCGCUGCUGCUGGGCGAACAACGAUUGCCGUGGCCCAUAGACUCAGCACUAUCCGUGACGCAGACCUGAUUGCCGUGUUUGCCAAGGGCAAGAUUAUCGAGCGAGGUACACAUGAGGAGUUGGUGGCCCGCAAGGGCAUGUAUUAUGAGAUGGUGCUGGGCCAGUCGCUAGACAAGGAGGCAUAAGCAUCUCUUCCAUGUCAUUUUUAAUAUCCGUUGCAUCGUUCCACUCAUAUAUUUCUAUGUACAUAAUUCCCGGGAUGAUGAACAUCUCAACUUAAAUAGACCAAAUGUAUUGGAAUUCUUUAGUUUUAUCUAUCUCCGCUAUUUUAAGAGUCCUUCUAAAUAACAAAGGUCAUGAGACACAUGUAACUUUUCUGUAUUAUGCGUUUUCCAAAGACAACACCGCCUGGCUAGUCGUAGAUCAAUAGUGCCAUUUGGGGGAGUUGGAUACGGCUGUCCCUGCUUUUAAGCUCGCGCUUAGAAGUUCUUGGUCUCGCCCUCCUUGAGCUUGCCAGCAUCGACGAGUCUCUUGACCUCGGCGGUCCAGACACCCUUGAUCUCAUCAGCAACAGUCAGGCCGUUGAGCUUGCCAGCAAGAGCGGCAAUCUCAUCAGGGUCAAUCUUGCCCUGAACAAGCUCGACAUCACCGAGGACAGCAUCGAUCUGAGCAGCAGAGGCAUCGCCGCCAGUGGCGAAGUAGUUGGCGUCCUUGACGGAGCCCUUAAGGACACGCUUGUUCUUCUUGACAGCGUUCUUAGCAGCCUCCUUGGCCUUCUUUGCGGUCUCGCGGUCAGCCUUGGCAGCAGCUUCGGCCUCCUUAGCGGCCUGCUCCUCAGCAGCCUUCUUGGCAGCAGCCUCCUCAAUGGCAGCCUUCUCAGCGGCCUCCUUUUCAAGACGCUUCUUGUUCUUGGAGGCGUUGGCUUCCUGACGGAAACGCUUGAUACGCUCAUCGCCGGCAGAAGCCUCGUCAAGGAUCUUGCGGAGACGGGCGUUGUCCUCGGCCUUCUUCUUCUUGCGGGAGUUCUGGUUCUUGCGCUCGACGUGACGCUUGUGGUCACGGCUCUCACCGUCAUCAGGGACAUCCUCAUCGAGGUACUCAAACGAACGCCACGAGUCGAAGUUGUAGAAGAAGUUGUAGAAUUCCUCAACGUGUUCCUUGGAAGCCUCAGCAUUGCCAAAGGUAGGGACGGGCUGGGUCUUAGAGAAGCGGCCCUCGGACUUGAAGACGCGGGACCACAGCUUGUAGUAGUCGCCGUUCUGGACCUGCUUCUUCGUGGGGGGCUCGACAUCGGCCUCCUCAUCGACGGAGUCGUACUGGCGGCGUCUGGUAGGGUCCAUGAGAACCUCGUUGGCCUUCUGGAUACACUUGAAGAACUGGUCGUCCUCGGUCUUGCCGGAAGCAGCCUUCUUGUCGGGGUGGUGCUUGAGGACCUUCUUGCGGUGAGCCUUCUUGAUCUGGUCCUCGGUAGCCUUCCAGCGGUACUUGGAAAGACCAAGAAUCUUGUAGUGGUCCUGGGUCUAAAGAGAGAAAGCAAAGAUAUGUUAGCAAAGGAUGAUCGUCUAUCGAGGCAUUGACCAGCUGAGAUCUUGGAAAUUCUAUCUUACCUUCCAGUCCUUAGCCUCACGCUGAAGCAUCAUGGCGUCCUCGGGCUCGCUCAUCUCGCUGUCCUCGGCAUCCUCGAUCUUCUUGGCGCUCUCCUGGGCCUGGAUACGGUCAUCCUCGGAAAAGGUACGCUUGUGACGGGCACGGCGGGCGUGGGCGAGGAAGUGAGGGCCAACAGGCUCGAUGGUGCGCUGAGUGGCGCCGGAAAGCUGGCCAAUGGCCUUGAAGUCCUUGUCGGCAGUCCAGCCGUCGGGGAGACCGGGAAGAGGCAGGUCAACCUGCGAAAUAGAAGCCAUUAUUGCGGGUUGUUGGGCUGUGUGG